AUGCCCUUCUCCCCGCCGCUCGGCUUCGCUCUCCUGCUGCUGGCGGCCGCAGGAAGGUCCCUCCCCGUCAGACGGAGUUCAGAUGGAUCCCUCUCUGGGGUUAUGCAGAAGUGGAAGGAAUAUCAGCUUCAAUGCCUGGAAUACUUGUAUGAGGCACCCCCCAUUGUGACAGAAGGCAAGUUCUGCAACAGAACAUUUGACAACUAUGCCUGCUGGCCAGAUGGACUGCCUGGCACCUAUGUGAAUGUCAGCUGCCCCUGGUAUCUCCCCUGGGCUAAUGCAGUGCUGCAUGGGCAGGUGUACCGGUUUUGCACCCCAGAAGGUACAUGGCUGCUGAAGGAGAAUUCGACCCUGCCCUGGAGGAACCUGUCUGAGUGCGAAGCCUCUGACCAGGAUGCACCAGAAGAACAGCUCCUGAAUUUGUCCAUCAUAUACACCAUUGGAUAUGCUCUUUCCUUCUCUGCCCUUGUAAUAGCAACUGCCAUUCUUCUUGGAUUCAGACAUCUGCAUUGCACAAGGAAUUAUAUUCACCUGAACCUCUUCACCUCGUUUAUCCUCCGGGCUAUAUCAGUCUUCAUCAAAGACUCAGUGGUAAAGUGGAUGUACAGCACAGCCACACAAGAGCACCAAUGGGAAGGACUUAUUGCUUUCCAGGAAUCGCUUAGCUGCCGAUUGGUGUUUGUGAUGAUGCAGUAUUGUGUGGCUGCAAACUACUACUGGUUGCUGGUGGAAGGCAUGUACCUGUACACACUACUGGUUCUUUCAGUCUUUUCAGAGCAAAGGAUUUUUCGGCUUUAUCUCUGCAUUGGCUGGGGUGUGCCAAUGCUGUUUGUUAUCCUCUGGGGAACUGUCAAGUACCUUUAUGAAGAUGAGGGUUGCUGGACCAGAAAUUAUAACAUGAAUUACUGGUUGAUCAUCAGACUGCCCAUUCUCAUUGCCAUUGGGGUAAAUUUCCUGAUCUUUAUCAGAGUGAUAUGCAUCAUCAUCUCCAAACUACAGGCUAAUUUGAUGUGCAAAACUGACAUAAAAUGCAGGCUGGCCAAGUCUACGUUGACUCUGAUUCCGCUGCUGGGGACCCAUGAAGUCAUCUUUGCCUUUAUUACUGAUGAGCAUGCCAGAGGGAUGCUGCGCUUUGUUAAGCUUUUCACUGAACUGUCUUUUGCUUCUUUCCAGGGGCUGAUGGUUGCAAUUCUCUACUGUUUCAUCAAUAACGAGGUUCAGAUGGAGUUUCGGAAAAGCUGGGAGCGCUGGAGAUUGGAACAUCUGUAUGUCCAGAGAGACUGCAGUAUGAAACCUCUGAAGUGUCCAGCCAAUAGCAUCAGUAGUGGAGGCACGGUAGGCAGUACUGUCUACGCUGCCACUUGUCAUGCCACAUUCAGCUAAGAUUUUUGCAGGUGAAUCAGACUGAGAACCAUGAACUGUGUAAUAUACCUGAAACCCCUUAAAUACCCAAGCAAGUGGCUUAAGUAUGCCAUCUCCAGCAAGAAACUUAAGCAUAUGCUGCUCAUUGCCUGCAGGCUGUUGGACAAAGGUUUUUAGGGAAAGCAAUCUGCUAAUGUAAUCAACACAUCAGAGGAAAAAUUUGUCAUGUCUAAAGUAAGUUAAAAGAGAUCUUCCUGUUUGCACAUAAGGCCUCCAGGUGUUCAAAACUUAAGCAUAGCAUUGAUCCAGUCUGAAACCACGGGGUCAAUGGCUCAUUACUGUUGAGUGGGCAAGCAGAGUGAUUGACUGAUUAAAUUACAAGGAUACAGAGUAUGAUUAUUGCCAAAAAAUAUAUUUAGACUUUUAUGGGGAUAGGGUAAGGUGUAGCACCAGUUUUUGGAGAGAAAAAGAAACAAACCAAAAAAAAAAAAAAAACAAAAACCCAAAACUUAGUGGGACGCAACUUGUGUUUUAGGGAAGAAUCAGUUUUGUAGUAAAAGUUUCCCAAAGCUAAAGUUGAAGAUGAUGCUUAGCUGUUUUCUGGGUAGGAGAAGAACAGCAUUGUGAAGGUCUAUCAGUACAGCAGGUAGCAUGGCAUACAUUUCUGAAUUAUUUUUUUAAGCUUCACUUGAAAAUAAAUAAACCAAAACAAGUAUGUGGUAGGGGCCUCUUCUGCUAUUAAUAGGUGUGCAUCGUCUCUAUUGACAUGGGUGGGAAUAGCUCCUGAAUGCACAGCCCUUCUGUUUUUACAUAGGUUCUCUGUAAAGGCACACAGGUGUUAGUUAGCAGGGACAGGAAAGUGACUUGUCCUUCAAGAGGACAUUUCUUUCUAAGCUACACUCUGCUUCUUGUGGGUGCAAACAUACGGAAGUCAGCUUGUGGCCACAGCUGCUCUUAGCAGAAUUCACCUACUUGGAAAAGAUGCGGUAGUUCAUGGUGUAGGCUUGCUUUUCUGCUCCAGCCUCGUUAUUUUUCUCCAGACGGGAGAUACCCGCCGGGGGCUGUGCUGGGGCUGGUGGGACGGAUGCGGGUUCAGGACGACGGACAGCUCCCGUGGCCUGCCUGCCCGAGCUGGGCUGGGCUGGGCUGCCCUGCUGCUCCUCUUCCUCCUCUCCAGCCUGCCUGCCAUCGGCGGGAUUCAGAAAAUACCCCCCAAACUAUCCUAAACUCAAUGGACUUUUGUCUGUUUGUUUAAAACUGAGAGGGCUCUGGCAGUGAAUGCAUCUACCCCCCCAUGACGUUUACAAGAGUUGCUGGGGAAAACCAGCAGUACCUUUACAAGCAGAAUGUGAUCCACUGCAUCACUUAAUAGCAAGUUUUAAAGAUCUUUACUCAGCUGUUAUUCGGGCUUCCUUUACAACAAAGAGGCAAGGUGCCAAAGACUAGCUCUGAGAACAUCCCCAUCUAUAGACUUCUUGUAGUAACUAACUUUCAUGGCACAGCAGUUAAGACUUUUCAGCAGAGUUAAAAAAAAAACCAACCAAACAAACAAAACCCUAAAUAUUUCCAAGUCUCUCUUGUACUUGUGUUCACCGCCCUCAUUGCCAAAAAAGUGGACUGGAUAUUCUGGGGUGUAAUUCAGUAUCUUUCCUGCCUGAAGCUAGAUUGCUUUGCAUAGGAUUAUUUAAUCAUUGUAUUAGAAUCCAGAUUGCCAACAGGGUGGAUUAGUUUUGCAAUCAUCAGGUUAGAAUUGAAUUAGAAAGGGAUGUGUUACCUUCUUCUAUAAUGCUUGUAAUUGAGCUCCGGGGUGGGAAAUCAGACAUGUUUGUAGAAAUCCACCACAGUUCUCAGGCUGGCUUAUGUACUUUUAGCAUGCUGGCUUCAACCUGAGCCACUUCCAGGCCUUCCCAAUUUUGGCUGCAGAGCUGACCUUGGAAUGAAGCACCUCAGGUUCUUCUGUAAAUUGAGCAACCAGCUUCUAUGUUGUGUGACCAUCUAUACAACACAAUACCCGAGUACCACAUGUGCAUGUUAACUGCUGUUCUACAACUUAAUUAGCUUCUUGUACAUAAAGACUAUGCUUGAUGUUUCCAUUUAACAUCUACCCUUGAGUGCUUUGAAUAGGGAAAGACUGAUAAAGUUAAUAACUGGUAGGUGAAAAGGCAGCAUGAUGACAGAUGAAAUUUACAGUUGUAUGAUAAUAUGAUAAUGCACACUGGAGAGAAUAAUUUCACUCAUGAAUAUUCAAGAGUGGGUGCUAGUUUUCCAGGGCCCUGCUUAGUUGUGUGCAAACCUGGAAAAAAAGAGUUUCUGCUACUUCUGCAACCGUUAGCAAGAUGGUAGUUUUGCUAUGACAACAGGAAGUUAUGGAAGUGUUUUAACUCACUACUAUGCUGGAAAAGGUACACAUAACAAAUGAAAUAGGACUGACAUAGGAAUAGAGAAUAUUUAUAUGCGUGGUAGCAAACCUGUACUUAGUUGCUGUCACAAGAUUGUUUCAACAGUUUGACGUGCUUUUGUGUUACUAGGCUCUUCUUGUCCCUCCUAGUCACUUAACAGAGGGCUUUGGGCCCACAACAACAGCUCCAGCACCAGAUGUCAAACUUCUGCCUUGUUAGAAUACAAGAGAAAAAUAAAAUGACAAAGUGAGAUCUUAGCCCAGCAGAGGGUUGUAGUGGAUUUUUCCCCCCGCCUCUCUGAUUAACUUCUCACAUCUUCAAACCUUUUUAAAUCCCCUCCAAGGGAGGGAACGACUCAGUGAGAGUAACUGCUACCAAAGCAGAAUUUAUUUUGAGAAAUCAUGUAUUUUGAGAAUUACUUUCAGCAAGGCCUAAAUACCAAUUUCUCCAUCAUACUUUAUCUACCUACUUCAGUAAAACCUCUUGCAAGCCUUUGU